CCCCAAUAACAACAACAAUAACCAUGACGUUCAUCCCAGAAGCAUUAAUACAGAGUUAUGUGUACCCUGUCUUCUUGGCCAGCAAUGAUGAGGAGUUAAUCACUCGCAUGUGUUACGGUACACUCAUAUAUGCCUUCCUCACACUAGUAUUGCCUGAGGCACCUUAUGGCAGGUACACCAACUACAAAUUUGGCUUCGGUGUUCCGGUGAAGCUGGCUUGGUGCCUGCAAGAAUGUCCUUCCUUCAUCAUCCCCGUGUGUUUGGUGGUGUAUGGCAAACAAACAGCAUAUAGAGGAGUGGUUAACCAAAUGUGUCUGGGCAUGUUUGUCAUGCAUUACUUUCAAAGGUCAUUCAUCUAUCCACUGGUGAUGAAGAGCCAGAGGCCGGUUCCUUUUCUUACUUUUUUUUGUGCAUUUUUAACCUGCUCUUAUAAUGGAAUUCUUCAUGGGCUCUAUUUUGUCAAUUUUUGCCACUACAAAAAUGAAGAAUGGAUGUAUAGUCCAACAUUUUACAUAGGAUUUGCAUUAUUUCUUUAUGGCAUGAAGAUCAACCUAGGGGCAGAUUCAACUUUGAAAAAUUUGAGAAGCGGAAACGAAACUGGCUACAAAAUACCAACUGGAGGAUUAUUUGAGAGAAUAUCGUGCCCCAAUUAUUUUGGUGAGAUUGUGGAAAUGUGGGGUUAUGCGUUGGCCAGCCUUGCUCCGCCCGCUGCUGCUCAUGCAGUGUUCACCACUCUUUUCUUAUCCAGGAGAGCACUUCAACACCAUCAGUGGUACUUAAAGAAGUUUGAAGACUAUCCAAAGAAUCGUAAGGCAAUAUUUCCAUUUCUUCUCUAAGACUGGACACCCUAAACCAACACACUGGCUGCUGGUUGUACUGUACUUGCCUCUGCAACACUUAUGAAAUAUUAUGUGAAUCACAUUGCACAAAAAUUACAUAGGCAUUAUUUUAUUUUUUACAUGGUUAAUUUUCCAUCAAGUCGGAGUGACCCAGGGAAGGAAAUAAACGACUUAAUAACUCACUUGCAAGAAUUCCCUGGACAUCUCUUAUCAGAUUAAGCUCUGAGCUGCUAAGAUAGAAGUAAACCAGUGACUGGUGCCUAAUGGCCCAUUAUUAUUAAUUAGAAAAGUGCAUGGGGUUAACAGAGAUAAAGCCCAGAGAGCUGAGAAGAGGUUAUUGAGAUGGUUAGUGCAUUUAGAGAGGAUGAAGCAGAAUAGAAUGACUAAGAGUGUGUGUAAAUCUAGACUGGAGUGAAGGAGAGAUAGGGGUCAUACCUGGAGUCUACCUAGAGAAUGUUUCAAGGGUCAAUGCCUUUGUGGCCCAGUUCCAGACUAGGCCUCCAAGUGAAUGACUUGACCAGCCAGGCUAUUAGUGCUUGCUACACUAAGUUCAAUAUAAGCACCACAGCCUGGCAGAUCACACAGUGACUUGAGAAACUUGUCCAGUUCUUUCUUGAAGACAGCAAUGGGUCUGUUAGUAAUCCCCUUUAUGUAUGAAGAGGGCAUUGAAAUGUUUUGAACUCUUCACACUUAUUGAGUUGUCUCUUAGUGUACUCAUUACACUUUCUCUUUACUUAGGAUAUUUGUACCAUCUACCAAGCCUCUUUCAUGGGGAAUGAUUUGCGUGUGUAGAGUUGGGACCAAUUCUAGAAGUACAGAUUGAGGGACUUGCAAUGUUUCCAGUAGUUUAGGUGCUUUACUGAAUCUAUGCAAGCAGUGAAGGUUAUCUACACAUUCUCCAGGUCUUCAAUUCUACCUGGCUUGAAUGGAGCUGUUAGAGUACAGCAGUACUCCAGUCUAGUGAGAGCAGAUGACCUAAAGAGUGUCAUCAUUGGCUUGGCAUCCUUUGUUUUGAAGAUUCUAGUUAUCCAACCUGUCAUUUUCCUUGCAGUUGAGAUAGUGACACUUGUCAUCCUUGAAGGUGAAAUCAUCUGUCAUAUUCAACCCUAGGUCUCUCACAUUACUCUUAUGCUCUAUUGAGUGAUUCAAGUGUCUUUUAUACUCCUUUCCUGUCUUUUCAUAGUAGAGUAACUGAAGGUUUUAAGUGCUAGGGGCUUGAGCAUCCAGCAAGCUUGUGUGAGUGUGGUAGAUGUGAAUGAGUGGUUUUUAUGGCUUGAUGUGCUAUUGGAGUGUGAGUAAAGUAACAUUUAUGAUGGGAUUCAGGGAAACUGGUUAGCUAGACUUGAGUCCUGGAGGUAGGAUGUACAAUACCUUCACCCUCAAGGAAAGGUGGGGAUAGUGCAGUUUGGAGAGUCACUUUAAUUGUGAUGUAUGUAAACAUUUGGC